AUGUCAAAAUGGUACGAUAGAGAGGGAAUAAUUGAUAAAAUAGAAAUUGCUCCAAUUAUUAUUACAUCAAACAGCGAUGAUAGUGAUUUCAGCAGCGUUGAAUCUGAAAAAAGGGGUCAGCAGAACUGGCAAUCAAAUUUCUUGAAGGGUAUGAAUCUUACCCGUGUUUAUGGCUGUUCUUAUAAAAACAAAGAUGGUCGUAAAAACGCUUAUCAAAAACUUUCCGAAUUAAUGGAUAUUGAAGGCUUUGGAAUUGCUGAAGAAAUUGAAUCGGAAUCACAAUCUGAACUUGAUGCUGGUCUAGAAAAUACGCAGUCAGCAACUAUCGACAUAGUGCCAUCUUCCUCGAAUGAGUCAUCCGUGGCCAAAGUGCCAUCUUCCUCGGAAGAGUCAUCCGUGGCCAGAAAACCAAUCGCACAAAAAUUAACCUCGACCUACACAGCUCCAAAGAGGGUUCGAAAAAGGACAAGUAGCACAAAUAAGGCUAUACACGGGCUAUAG